GGAGUCACGUGGUGCGCCGGCCAGCCGCCCCGCCCCUCCGUAAUCGCCCCGCCCCGCCCCUUUCCCGGCGGGACGCUCGGAGCCGCCCCGAACUGCGCAGGGCGGCCAGGGGAAUCAUACUCCAUGGGUUUGUGUGGUAAAUGAGCUUCUUGGCAUAGAAGGGAAUUAAAAAAGGAUGGCUUCAUUCCAGCGCUCCAAUAGUCAUGACAAAGUAAGGAGAAUAGUUGCAGAGGAGGGUCGCACAGCAAGAAACCUAAUAGCUUGGAGUGUUCCACUGGAAAGCAAAGAUGAUGAUGGAAAAUCUAAAUGUCAAACUGGUGGAAAAUCAAAGAGGACAAUUCAAGGCACUCAUAAAACAUCAAAACAGAACACUACAGUAGACUGUAAAAUGACAUCAUCUGCAGCUGGAGAUAAACACUUCGAUAAAAGUCCCACUAAAACAAGACACCCUCGGAAAGUUGAUCUAAGAGCUCGAUACUGGGCAUUUCUUUUUGACAAUCUUCGCCGGGCAGUAGAUGAAAUCUAUGUGACUUGUGAAUCAGAUCAGAGUGUGGUGGAAUGUAAGGAGGUGCUGAUGAUGCUGGAUAACUAUGUAAGAGAUUUCAAAGCAUUAAUUGACUGGAUUCAACUUCAGGAAAAGCUAGAGAAGACAGAUGCUCAAAGCAGACCAACUUCGUUGGCAUGGGAAGUAAAGAAGAUGUCCCCAGGACGUCAUGUGAUUCCAAGUCCAUCAACAGAUAGAAUCAAUGUAACAUCAAAUGCUCGAAGAAGCUUAAAUUUUGGGGGUUCAUCUGGCACAGUGGCUGCUCCGCGUCUGGCUCCCACAGGGGUCAGUUGGGCUGACAAGGUAAAGGCUCACCAUACAGGCUCUACUGCUUCUUCAGAUGUAGCACCUGCCCCGUCUUGCCCACCAGUGGCAGUGCAGAAGCCUUCCCGCAGAAAUGAACGGAAAGAUGCUGAAGGAUGGGAAACUGUUCAGAGAGGAAGGCCUGUUCGUUCACGAUCAACAGCAGUGAUGCCAAAAGCUUCAUUACCAACAGAAGCAUUAAGAUCAAAGGAUGACAGUGAUAAAGAAAAUGUACAUCUUUUGCCUGAUGAAAGCAUACAGAAGAGUGAAUUUGUUGGAGAUGAACCUUCUAAUACUAUAGAAUCUCAGCCCAAGGACCCAGUACACUCAUGUGAUCAUCCUCUUGCAGAAAGAACACAGUUCACAGUGAGUACACUGGAUGAUGUCAAGAACUCUGGGAGUAGUUUCUUACCAGACAAUUCUGUUCAAACUUCUGAAAUACCUGCUGUUCACAUUGAUACAGAGUGUGUUUCAGUUAUUCAGCAAGCUGACACACCUUCUUUGCAAGCAAGUGAAGACAAAUUUUCAGCAGAAAAAGCAAGAAUAGAAAGUGAAAUGGAUCCUUCAGAUAUUUCAAAUGUGAGUGCUGCUAACUUGUCUAUGGCAGAAGUCCUUGCUAAAAAGGAAGAGCUAGCAGAUCGCCUAGAAAAGGCCAACGAGGAAGCCAUUGCCAGUGCUAUUGCUGAAGAGGAGCAGUUAACUAGGGAAAUUGAAGCUGAAGAAAACAACGAUAUCAGCCUUGAAACUGACAACGACAGUGAUUUUUCUGCCAGCAUGGGCAGUGGCAGUGUAUCUUUCUGUGGUAUGAACUGGAAUGAUGUCCUUGCAGAUUAUGAAGCUCGUGAAUCUUGGCGCCAAAAUACAUCCUGGGGGGAUAUUGUAGAGGAGGAACCUGCUAGGCCUCCAGGACAUGGAAUUCACAUGCAUGAAAAACUUUCCUCACCAUCUCGUAAAAGAACAAUUGCAGAAUCUAAGAAGAAACAUGAAGAAAAACAAAUGAAAGCACAGCAGCUAAGGGAAAAGUUACGUGAACAGAAAACAUUAAAGCUUCAGAAAUUGUUAGAAAGGGAGAAAGAAGUCCGAAAGUGGAAAGAAGGGUUAUUAGACCAACGACGUAGGAUGAUGGAAGAGAAAUUACUUCAUGCUGAAUUCAAACGAGAGGUGCAAUUACAAGCAAUUGUUAAGAAAGCACAAGAAGAAGAAGCUAAGGUAAACGAAAUUGCCUUUAUAAAUACCCUUGAAGCCCAGAACAAACGCCAUGAUGUUUUAUCAAAAUUGAAGGAAUAUGAGCAGAGGCUUAAUGAGUUACAGGAAGAGCGUCAGAGAAGACAGGAAGAAAAGCAAGCACGUGAUGAAGCUGUUCAGGAACGUAAGAGAGCUCUAGAAGCAGAACGGCAGGCCCGUGUAGAAGAAUUGUUAAUGAAGAGGAAAGAACAAGAAGCCCGAAUUGAACAACAGAGGCAAGAAAAGGAAAAAGCCCGCGAAGAUGCAGCCCGGGAAAGAGCUAGAGACAGGGAAGAACGAUUGGCAGCACUCACAGCUGCUCAACAAGAAGCUAUGGAAGAGCUACAGAAAAAAAUCCAGCUCAAGCAUGAUGAAAGCAUUAGAAGACACAUGGAACAGAUUGAACAAAGAAAAGAAAAAGCUGCCGAGUUAAGCAGUGGACGACAUGCAAAUACCGAUUAUGCCCCCAAAUUAACCCCUUAUGAAAGAAAGAAGCAGUGUUCUCUCUGCAAUGUCCUGAUCUCUUCAGAGGUGUAUCUUUUUAGUCACAUUAAAGGAAAAAAACACCAGCAAGCUGUGAGAGAAAAUAGCAGCAUCCAAGGGCGUGAACUUUCAGAUGAAGAAGUGGAGCACCUUUCCUUAAAGAAAUAUGUUAUUGACAUUGUGGUUGAAAGUACAGCUCCACCAGAGCCUUUGAAAGAUGGAGAAGAGCGGCAGAAAAAUAAGAAGAAAGCCAAAAAGAUAAAAGCGCGGAUGAACUUCAGGGCCAAGGAAUAUGAGAGUUUACUGGAAGCAAAAAAUUCUGGUUUGGACUCACCCUAUAAAGCAAAGCUUCAGCGGUUAGCCAAAGAUCUUCUAAAACAGCUGCAAGUACAAGACAGUGGCUCAUGGGCAAACAAUAAGGUUUCAGCUUUAGAUCGGACCCUUGGUGAGGUCGCCAGAAUAUUGGAGAAAGAGAAUGUAGCAGAUCAGAUUGCAUUUCAAGCCGCUGGUGGAUUAACAGCCCUUGAACACAUUCUUCAAGCAGUGGUCCCAGUCACAAAUGUGAACACUGUUUCACGAAUUCCUCCCAAGUCUCUUUGCAAUGCAAUCAAUGUUUACAACCUCACCUGCAAUAACUGUUCAGAAAACUGCACUGAUGUUCUGUUUAGUAACAAGAUUACCUUCUUAAUGGACCUCCUCAUACACCAGUUGACGGUUUAUGUUCCAGAUGAAAAUAAUGCUAUUUUGGGAAGAAAUACAAAUAAGCAAGUUUUCGAAGGCUUGACAACUGGACUUCUCAAAGUCAGUGCUGCGGUUUUUGGCUGCCUGAUUGCCAAUCGACCAGAUGGAAACAGCCAGCCAACUACACCAAAAAUAUCAACACAGGAAAUGAAAAGCAAACCCUCACAAGGUGAUGCUUUUAACAGUCGAGUUCAGGACCUCAUCAGCUACGUGGUGAACAUCGGCCUGAUCGACAAGCUUUGUGGCUGCUUCCUCUCGGUGCAAGGCCCAGUGGAUGAGAAUCCCAAGAUGGCUGUGUUUCUGCAGCAUGCCGCAGGACUCUUACAGGGAAUGUGCACGCUCUGCUUUGCUGUCACCGGAAGGUCGUACAGCAUAUUUGACGAUAAUCGCCAGGAUCCCACAGGGCUGGCAGCUGCUCUUCAGGCCACAGACCUGGCUGGAGUUCUGCACAUGCUCUACUGCGCCCUCUUCCACGGCACGGUCUCAGACCCCAGCGCUGCGAGUCCCAAGGAGAGCUAUGCUCAGAGCACAGUCCAAGUGGCCAUCCAGAGUUUGCGUUUCUUCAACAGCUUCGCAGUUCUUGAUCUGCCUGCUUUCCAGGAAUCCUCAAAGACCGGAUUCACCGGGACUGCUGGCCGUAGACUCUACAUAUGGCUUCGCUACGUGACUUGGGCUUCUCAGAACAUCGUUGUGUCUGUGUUCUCGGUAGGAGUAUCCUGAGAGGAAACUUCUGGAAAACAUGUGCUCCCCAAGGACCAGACAGAAGCUGUAUGGCUUUUUAUGACCUGGCCUCUGAAGUGCUAUAGUUAUAUAUCAGCCAUACUCUAUUGGUUACAGCUUUCCAGAUUCAAGAGAAGACAUAGGUCCCUUCUCUCAAAGGGAGGACUGGCAAAGGUUUAUGGUUGUUUUCUUAACCAACCACUGUAGUCUGUUUAGCAUGCUAAAGCAAAAACAUCUUUCCACACAGACAUUAUUGAUGUAGAUAGACAUCUGAUCAAGUGUGCAGUGCUCAAGUAAAUGUGGUACAAAUAUACAAUAUUUGCAUUGUAAAGCGAUGGGUGAGUUUGGGAGAAAAGUAUUUUUAUGAUAGAUAUGGUCAGAGAAGCUCAUAUUCUAGUUCAUUAAAACAACUUAUUGUCAAAAGUAAGAUUUUAGCAACUGUGUUUAUAAUAAGCACUGGAUCACUUCUCAGCCUUUUGGCUAAGAUCAAGUAUAACAAACACAGAAAAAGAGAUUUUAGAUACAAUAUGGGUUUGACCUCAGAAAAAAUCUGGGAGACAGUUUAUGAACUGCCUGGAAGGAUCAACGGAACUGAAGAAAACUGAAAUGAGAUCAGUGGUCUGACCCUCUGAAAGGUUAGACAAGACAACGUGAGACAUGUCAACAGGUUGAGUCCCAGUGCAUCACAGCAAUGCAUCUCUGCAGAGCUGUUACAGAGAAACAUCCUCAUCAAGACCUCUGGGUCUGGAGUCAGACUGACCUGACUUUGAGCCAUCACACUACCAAGUUGUAUGACCUUAGACAAGUCA